UCAAUUUCUUCUAUGAUUACCUAGACUAGAGAGUAGUAAUUUAUUUGUAGUAAAUUAUUUAAAAUAAAUUAAAGUCAAUUAUUAAUAGUAGGCUUCAUGACUAAAAAACCUGAAGAUCCGAAUUCCAGUUCUAAAUAUGUUGCAGCAAAUGAAUGGAUGAUAAGGCCUAGCAAUGAAUACGAUAGUGAAUAUAGAGAGUGUUCUAACUGGAAAUCCAGACUAAAUCAGUAUUUCAUUUUUGGAACAUCUAUAGAUUGUUCAAACUGGAAAAGAAAUCAUAUAAACGCUGUCAAAUGGGAAGACUCCAGAGAUGAAAAAGCAGCAAUAGAAGUUAUAAAUAAUGAGAAAGCACGAAGAAAAGAAAGACUAAUGUCACAAAUCAAUAACGAUGUAUGGGAAAAGAGAACCUCUCCGCCUGAAAACUGGAAUGCUCCUCUACCCGAGUAUAUAACUGACGGUUAUAAAAAUUCAUUUUUAAGUAUUAAGGCUAUGGAAUGGAGAGGAGAGAUCCCUAAAACGCCAAAUAUAUUUGCUCCUAGUUUAUGUACAAUAUUAUAGAAUAAUUUUUUUGUAGUGAAAUAUUAUACUUUGAAUCAUU